AUGCAGCUCACCUUUGCAGCCACAGUCAAACAAGUUAUCAAAAUAACUGGGAAGGCCAAAGCUGCUCUAAAAAAGCAGACUAUCAAAACUUUGUCAAAGAAGCAAAAAAACAACAGUAGUGGAGAUAGUGGGAACAUGAACCUGAAGAAGGUCAAAAAAACCCUACUGUCUGGUAACACUCCCGCCAAUAGUGCAGGAUCUGUGGAUGAAGAUGAGUUAGUUGACAAAAAUAGGCCUAUCACAGCACCAUUGUCUCUAUGUCCAGAGAUGGUUUUGAGUCGGCAGGCUGUUGUGCAUACUGAGGAAGAAGAGAAUGCAUUGAUUGUACAAAGAUGA